GCCGAGGCUUUUUUUUGUUCGUACUCGAACAGUUGGUCAAACUGGUGUGACCCAAGAUUUUUUUUAGUCGCACAAUUGAAAAAUUUGGUUGCAUUUGCGACCAUAUUGGUAGCACCCUGCUCUGAUGGCUACAGUAAAGUCUGUAUCGUCUGCAGGAACAUCUGUUUGUUAAAGAUGUUGUCAUGUUUCAGAUCAGAAACACUGGUGGUGUUGGAGGAGGCGGCGACCUGAGCUCGGGGGGCGGGGCUUUUGUCAGUCACACACAGGGAUGGGACAGUCGAGGAUACAAUCCCACACAGCACGCUGUUCAGGAUGAUGACGGCGAGUGGGACGACGAAUGGGAUGACCAGUCGGUGAGCAGUUACCAUGACAACAACCAACCGGAAGGGGAGGCCGGAGCCUCAGGACGAAGCGCCCAUGGACCCAGUGUUAAGAUCUCCCUCAAUAAGUUCUCGUUCUCCAAAGGUCCGAGUCCAGAAGUCUUUAUGUUAGCCCGACCUCCGGCUGACAGCAGAGAGAGGCUUCCUGUCUACGUGAGUCCAACAUUUUUCUCUUGGUUAAUGAUGUGUGGUGUUGAUUGCUCUGAUUGGCUCUUGGUCCUCGUCCGAUCAGAUGGAGAAGUAGGUCCCGUCUGGCUGUACCCGACGUCUCCUCUGGACUGUGUGAUUGCUGAUCCAAAGAAAGAGUCCAAAAUGUACGGACUGAAGAGCUUCAUCGAGUACCAGAUAACACCCAAUACAACCAACAGCCCUGUCAAUCAUCGCUACAAGCACUUUGAUUGGCUGUAUGAGCGUCUGCUGGAGAAGUUUGGGUCCAUACUGCCCAUCCCCUCACUGCCUGACAAACAGGUGACAGGCAGGUUUGAUGAUGACUUCAUUAGGAUGAGGAUGGAGGGUCUGCAGGCCUGGAUGACUCGGAUGUGUCGGCACCCCAUCGUCUCUCAGAGUGAAGUCUUUCAGCUCUUCCUCACCCACAGAGAUGAGAAGGAGUGGAAGGCGGGGAAGAGGAAGGCAGAGAAAGACGAGACGGUGGGUCCAAUGAUGUUCAGUUUGGUUGAACCUGAAGCUGCAGAGCUCGAUGUCAUCCAGGUUGAACAGAGGUGUGAACACUACAGCCGCUUUACAAAGUCCAUGGAUGACGGCAUCAGAGAGCUGCUGAACGUCGGGCACGCGCACUGGAAACGCUGCACCGGACCGCUUCCUAAAGAGUAUGAGCGCAUCGGCCAAGCCUUCAGAAACCUGUCAACUGUAUUCAUCACCAGCAAAUAUCCAGGCGAGGCGACGUUGACCGACGCUCUGACGGCUGCUGGAAAAACCUACGAGGAGAUUGCUGAGGUCGUCGCCCAGCAGCCUCAGAAGGACCUCCACUUCCUGUUGGAGACUAACAGCGAGUACAAAGGGUUGCUGGCAUGUUUUCCAGACAUCAUCGCUGUACACAAGGCUGCUGCAGAUAAAGUGAAGGAAGGUGAUCGUUUGGUUUCUGCAGGAAAAAUGAACAACAGCGACAGGAAGUGCAUGAACCAGCGGCUCAGCUGCAUGAGCUACGCCCUGCAGGCUGAGAUGAACCAUUUCCAUAGCAACCGUAUCUACGACUACAACCGAGUGAUGCAGCUUUACCUGGAGCAGCAGGUCACCUUCUACCAGCAGAUCGCAGAUAAGCUGAGAGAAGCUCUGAGCCAGUUCACCACGCUGUGAGGACGCCGCCGCCACCAUGUGAUGUCACAUGUGACAUCACUGCCUGAGUCACUGUUAACAAAAUAAAAGCCUCAUAAUCUUUAUAGUGUAAAUGUUGAUAUGAUAAUGAUUAAUGAUGAGUUUCCUUCUUUUUCUGCUUUAUUUAAAAACUUUUUAACAGUUGAUUUUACACGUUUAAUAAAACUUUCUACGCCUCCA